AUGAUGCGCUCAAUUUCCUUCUUCCAUUUUCCUUCUCAGGCACAUAAUGUAUUAUUAGAAGGAGCAAUUGAGACGAUUUCAGAGUGCAAGAAUGAAUAUGAGCAACGUGAAAGUUGUUAUAAAGUAGCUAAAUGUUAUCCCAGCAAUGGGAAAGAUGUAAUGCAACAAUGGUUAGAAGCGAUUAAUGAAAGACGAACUGAGCACAAUUUACAAUAUAGAUACGACAUUGCAGAAUUCAAAAUAAAGUAUACACAAAUGAAUGAAAAAAGAACUAGCCGCAUGUUGAAUGAAUCCAUUUACGAGGAGCAAAACACUGUAGACAACGAGUACAUGGUGGAUUUGUAUAAUAAGGAUAAUGAUUUUAUAGUGAAAUAUUUUACGAAUUCAAUGGUAAAAUGGAUACAGGGAGAGAAAAUAUCAGGAAGGUCAAAGUAUAGUGAGAGAAUAUGGGACGAUAUGAGAGAAGUAUUCAGGGAGUUCUCGGAAUAUAUAGGAAACGAUGAGAAUGAAUUCAGGGUAUUAUGUGAUGACGAAGUAGAAGGUGAAGAGAAAAUUAAGGAAGAGGACAAGCCCGUGUGCGAGAUAGCAGCAAAGAUAUUGUCAUACAUGGAUGGAGUCCACAGUAAGGAAGGAAUGAAGACAAGUGGGGAUGGGGAAAGAGGAGAAAUAAGGUCAACUAUAAGAUGUAUAAUGGGGAAUGCAUAUAUAUGGGAGUUAUUGAGAAGGACCUGUGGAAGGAAGGAUGGUAUAGAAUACGCUAUGCGUGCCAUCAGACAACUGAAAAAUGAUAUGAAGAAUGAACACAAUGAUGGAGGAUGUGUUGACUUGCAUUGGGAAGGAUUAAAUAUGACAGACAAAAAUAUUGAAGAAACAGGUGCAGGACGGAUAAGAGAUAAUAAAGGCAUAAUGGGAAUAAUGGAACAGAUAAACAUAAAUGAUGAAUGUACAGGACUAAAUAAAAACGGAGCAAGGGUAAAUAGUAUGGAUGAUGUUAAUGGAUUAAGGAAGGAAAUAAUGGAACAAAUAAAGAGGCUGCAAGGAGCAGUGGGAGAAAUAAGGAAGAUUGUGACGGGGGAACAUAUGGGCAUAGAACACACAGGGAACCUCCCUGUCAAUACUGGUGGACACAUGCCCCCCUCCAAUGCCACAAGCCCGAAUAAAGGAAGUACAGAGGGUAACACUAUAGCUAGGACCGGUGAAACCGACGAUGCGAACCCUAUCAUGAAAACCACAAGACCUACAAGCGUGAAAUUGGAAGCAUCAAAAGGUAACAAAGGUGCGAGUGCCAAUGAUAAUAAUAAACAGGAACAAAGCUCAAGACCACAUGACAAUGUCACCAAUCCUUUUGGGGGUACAGGUAAUAUUCAAAUUAGUACAGGGACCAUAUCACCAUCGUCAUCGCCCUCAUCAGGAUCACCAACACCAGUACUAACAGGAACGGCAGAAAAUGCUCAGCUAGCGGCGACAGAAUCGGUGGCACAGAAAGAGGCACCGAAGACACAGGAGCGGGAGAAUGUUGCCUCCGACAAGUCAGAUGAGACCGCUGAGCACAGCAAGGAGGAUCUGGUGGUAUCAACAGAUGUAAGUCCCGGCGACCAGGGAAGACUGGGUGAAGAAGGAAACAGCGGUCACCAGCAUGACAAGGCCAGUGCCUCGAAUCAAGCUCACAGCGAAGGAGACCCCAGCAACAGAGAUGGGGUGCAGGCGGCAAAGGAACAGAAAAGUAAAGACGACCACUCUGCUCCCACAACCACAACGGGUGAUGCAUCACACGUCAAAGCGACAGCAGCAGCAUCCUCCGAGAUAGCAUCCACACACACAGUACCAACAGGAGCACCAGCAUUAUCACCUCCAGGAGAUGAAACAAUACAAACAGCAAAGGACACAGGUCAAACUACUCCAGGCACAGGAGAAAAUCAACCAUCCGGACUAUCUGCAGUAGGUGGAGGAAGUACGGAGCCUGCGAAGAAUACUGAUCCCACAGGUCAAAACAUAACAUUGGAUUCAACAAAAGCUCCCGAAGUUGCUGCGAAUCCCGUGUCCACUAAGGACGUUGCCGUCCCCGAUGGAGGAAAAGAUGACUCUCCUCCACGUGACCCCUCCGGAAACGUCGGAUCCGACGUCAAUGCAGAACAAUCGAAUCCUAAGAAGGACUAUACAAAGGAUCCAUGGGAUUUCACUGAUAUACCUGGUUUCCAUGAUUUUUCCGUUGUCGAUGGGAAAAGAAGUGGCACUGCUAUUCAUGGUGGUUCCUCUUCCUCCAGUGCAAGUGGAAUAACUGUGAAACCAGACAUACGUGCUCCCCUUGCUACAGAUAGUGUUCCUACACCUGGCAGUGAACCAAAUACAAAUAUCACUGUUCCAAAUGAAAAUGGACAUUUAGGAUCAAACGUAAGUGUACAUGGAACUGCUAAUGACACAGUUCACACAUUAAAGAAUAAAAAUGACACAAGCGAAAAGGAUUUGCAGAAGCAUAAUUUUAGAAAUAAUGAUAUGCGGCAUGGCGAACCAAAAUUGGAACAAACUAGAGGUGCGAAAGGAUAUCACAAGGAUAGUAUCAUGAAUGAUGAAGCACAAGGGAGAGAGCAUGUAAAUGAAGAUAUUUUUAUGACAAGUCGAGGUAGUAACCACUUGAAUAGCCUUAAUAAUUUGAGUAAUCGUAAAUUAAAUAUAGAUCAAUACAAGAGCAGAGAUGUCAAUGCAACAAGGAAAAAUAUUAUAUAUCUCUCUGAAGUACGCAAGUGUAAUAAUAUUAUUUCUUUAGUGUACUGCAAAUCUACAGAAGACAGAACGUCGUCAGGCACUUGUUCUAGGGAGAGAAGUAAAAAUUUGUGUUGUUCAAUAUCGGAUUUUUGUUUGAACUAUUUUGUGGCUGGUUCCGAUGAGUAUUUUAAUUGUAUGAAGAAGGAAUUUCAAGAUCCAUUAUACAUGUGCUUUACAACAGGGAGCUUUAGAGGUAUGUAG